CUACAGGAGGAGCUCACACCCAUUGUAGGCUGGCUCCCCAUCCUCCACCGGCUCUAAUGGCGCUCCCAGACGAAAUCCUGGAGGAGAUCUUCCUCCGCCUGACCGCCCCCGCCGACCUCGCGGCCUGCGUCUCCUUCCGCGGCGUCAUCACCGGCCACCCCUUCCUCCGCCGAUUCCGCACCCUCCACCCGCCGCCUCUCCUCGGCAUCCUCUGCGACGGCCUAAUCCCCGCCCGACCGCCCCACCCUUCCGCCGCCGCGGCGGCCACCUUAGCCGACGCCGACUUCUCCUGCUCCUUCCUCCCCCCGUCCCGGGACCGCUGGUGCCGCCUCGACGGCCGCGCCCUUUUCACCCCCCGCCUCCAGGGGAGCGGCGUCGUGCGCGACGGCACGUACGACGCCUGGGAUCUGGUCAAGGAGUUCGCCGUCUGCGACCAGCUGCACCGCCGCUACCUCCUGCUACCUGUCCUCCCCGACCACCUCGCCGGUCAAGUCCAUUCGCCGGAGUUCCUGGAAUGUGAGCCCUUCCUUUCCUUGCUCCUCCCGGCGACGAGGAGGACUCGUCAUUCAGAGACUUCAGAGUAAUGUGCUUGGUGUGGUGCACAACCAAGCUCGUCCUCUUCGUCUUCUCUUCCUGCGCCGGAAGAUGGCUCGCUCAGCCUAUUACGUUUGACGUGUAUGGAUCCGCCGGGCUAGCGCGCUACUACGCCAAUGGAUGCUUCUGUUGGCUUUCUUAUCAUGAUGAUGAUGAUGCCCAGAUGCUGCUCCUGCUCGACGCACGCAGGAUGGAGUUCUCUGUCGUCAAACUCCCGCCUCCACCCUUGUGGCAGGUGGCCAUCGUGGAGGCAGGACAAGGAAGGCUUGGGAUGCUUACUGUCGAUCUAACUAAACGUGAUGCGCAGCGUCUCUUGUAUGCCGUACAUUCGCAGGACGGGAAUGGCGCAGACCAGUGGCAAUCCAGGCCCGUUAUCCCUUUGCCGGAAAAUUAUCACUAUUGCAUCAGAGGUGUAGCUGGUGGAUACUUACUCCUAAUUGGGUUUCCAAAAGAGAACAGGCCAAUGGUAGACUAUUUUACACUGGAUCUCCAGACUUUCCAGGUUGAGUGGUUCUGUGAGACUGGUGAUUAUCCCAAUGGUCACCUGUAUGCCGAUCUCCCGCCGUCCUUGUCCCCACCAACACUUUGAAGUGGACCUCUCCGGAGAAAUAGGCCAAUGGCAAGGACUCGCAAGCGUGACUGGGUGUCAUGUUAAGGAGAACAAAUGCAAGAGCUUUUGGAAAGGGAAAAUCGGUUUGCAUUCGACAACUGUUUGCAGCCGAGAGGAUAUGAUGCCUCUUUGAGUUACUGAAGAACAAGUAGCAUACACUGGAUGACCGUCGCAUCCACCUUGUUUUUCCUGUUGAAAAUUUCAUAUCGUUUCUGCUAGCAGUGCAGUGCUUUUAUGCCUGGCAAGAGACUAGACUAGCUUAUUAUGUAUCCACCGCCUGAUUGUCUCACUUAAUUCUAGUGCCAACUCUAGUAGUGUCUUUGUUUGAA